ACUCACAACCGAGGAUGGUUUAUACCUGCAGGCACGUUGGAUGCAGGCGAGACGGUGAGAGCAUGUGCGAUACGGGAAUGUUUAGAAGAGACGAAUGUUCCAAUCAAGCUGUGUGGGAUAUUGGAGAUACGGAGAACCUUGGUGAGCAAAUACGGGACAAAACGAACGGUUGUUUGGUAUGCAGAACCUACAGAGGAAUAUUUGGAUAUACGGCAAUUUGAAUGUGAUCGAUUCAUGAUUUUGAGCACAGGGACUUUGACUAAUAAAAUACGUUUCAACUACAUCUUUGAGUUUUUGUAAGUAUUGGUAUCAGUAUGAAGCCACAGUCGUCGUUGUCCCAAGCCAAAAAAUACAAUCUUAGUCCAUCGUCAUAGGAUUAGGAGUCCAAAACCCGAUAUUCUAUCUCUAGCCCCUCUAUUUCAUUCCCUCGAGCAACUGCCACAGAAUUCGAACCAAGACCUAAGAACCGUCCCCAAGCCCUAUGCGGAUGAAAACAGUUUGCAGGCACGAUGGAUGACGCUAGAAGAAUAUAGCCAACUGAGUCACAUUCGCGGUCCAGAACUUCUCGAGUGGGGUGAAUAUAUUGAGAAAAAUCAAGGCCCAAUCUGGCCAUUGGAAGUAUUUCAGGAAGAUAUCGAGUAUUCCGAAAGAGCAGUCGCGUCGGCAGCAGAAGAACGAGGAGAGGUGAUAGAGAGUGGUCCAGUUGUAGAUGAACCUCGUCCACCAGUUCGUAAAGAUGGUAAAACUAAAAGAAAAAGUGGGAGCAACAGAAGUAUUAACAAUCCUCCUCAAACGACGAAGAACACCCAAAAAAUUUCAUCUUCUGCAUCUGCCGACUGCUCUGCUGCCUCGGCCCCAUCUGCACCUGCAGACACAGCAUCACAAGCCGUUGCUAACAACUACGACAAUGUCACGAGAAAUUUUC